AGGCUGGAGCGGGCUGGGUAGGUGUGGCUCCGCCUGCGUGACCUGAGCCCCCGUCUCGGUCGCCGUCGUCUCCCGCAGCUGCGGCCUCUCAGCCAUGGGCGCCGUCUGGUCCGCCCUGCUGGUUGGAGGGGGUCUGGCCGGAGCGCUUUUCGUUUGGCUGCUGCGGGACACGGGAAAGGAGGGGGACGCGGAGCGGGGGAAGGACGCCUCUCCAGGGGAGGCUGCGGCUCCGGGAGGCGAUAAGGGUGGCGGCGGCGGUCUGAGCCCUGGACCUUCUAGGCGGGAGCUGGUCACCAAACCAGAGCAUCUUCAAGAAAGCAAUGGACGUUUGGUUUCUGAGACCAAAGGCCCUGGUGACCUGCAAGCAGCAGCAUGGAGACUGCAGAGUCCUUCUGGAGAAGGUGGUAACUGGGACAAGUCAAGAGCGCAUGUUCCUUCUGGACAGUUUCCAGACUCAGAAUCUCUAGCUACCUCAGGGACUGGUAAUGCUCAAAGUCACUCUAAUGUAUCAAGACAUAAAAGCCUUGGAUCUCCCACAGGAGAACAGGGAUUCCAAGAAGGCCAAAAGACACCUGCUAAAGCAGCUCCACAUUCGGCAGAGAAGCUGCCUUCUAGCAACCUGUUCCUGGACAGAGCAAAAGAAGACAUGAACCUUGCACAGCUGGACAGUCAGGCCCGGGCUGACCAUGAGGACUGGGAGAUGAUGUCCCGGCACUCAUCUUGGGGAGAUGUUGGUCUGGGAGGCAGUCCUGAGGCUCCAGUGUUAAGCUCUAACCAGGGAAAGGACUAUGGCAGAAGCACUCUUAUGGAAGCGAGAGGUCAGGAAGUGGGUGUGAAACCAAAAAGGGCAGUAGCAGUGUCUGCAGAGUCUCGGCAGGUUAGCAUCAGGUUCCAGGUCCAUUAUAUCACAAAUGCUGGUGUGCAGUUCAUUGCAAUAACUGGAGACCAUGAGAGUCUUGGGAGGUGGAAGGCUUACAUCCCACUCCAGGGUAGCAAGGAUGGGCUCUGGUCUCGUUCUGUGUCCCUGCCAGCAGACACAGUGGUAGAAUGGAAGUUCGUGGUGGUAGAGAAUGGGGAAGUUAGUCGUUGGGAAGAAUGCAACAAUAGAUUCUUAGAGACUGGCCAUGAGGAUAAAGUGCUUCACAAGUGGUGGGGGAUUCACUGAUGCAGUCUGCGAAGUACUGAAGAAGCUGUUGCAGAAAGUGGAAGAGGCUAAGGUUGUGGAGCACCCUGAAUAAUUUAAAAUAAAGGAAAUGUAGCUCCAAACCUAGCCAUCAGAGUUGUUUCAAAUUUGCUAGUGGCUUUUGUCUCAUGUGUAGAUAAUGCUUCCAGUGAGCCUGGACUUUUUUUCCCUGUGGUAUCGAUGGAUGGGUUUAUGCUGAUCCAUCAUUUCUUUAGGGCUUGGUCGUCUUGGGGAGUGGCUGGCUAAGCUUCAGAUGUGCACUGGUCAGGAACCACAGAAACUAACCAGCUGCACAGGAUUUAGGCUUGAGCUUUUGGGAGAUCCUUAAACUAGGGAAGUGAAACAAGCCUCAUUCAAAAAGAGCUGAUUUCCUAUUGAUACAGCUGGAGAAACACUCUCUGCUGCAUACACAUUUUAUAUUUAAAAGUAGUUAACACCAUAUGGAACCGUUAUUAGAAAAUAUCUGGUCACUAGAUGUAAUUAGUAAGGAUAUGAGGUAAUGUAUUAAGACUUCCCAAUGUUUUUGCUUGAUUUUACCUGCCACAGAUGGUUUGAAGGUAGCAAGUAUAUUCUUGUCUUAAUGAUCGAAGGCUGGUGUAGAGACAAGGGGCCUAAUCAGAAUGUGCCAGCGGGAGCAGCCCAAGAGAAAGAGAAAAGGACGGGGGUUAAGGUGUAGGCUAAGCAAGGCGGCCUGAAUGACACCUCUUCGAGGGCUGGGAGGUAUAGGCCAGCCUGACUGCAUGGUGGGAUGCGCCGUCAUGUACUCGUGGGGCCUCGUAGGACCACCUCUCCCACUGCCCCUCUCUCACACUAGAUCUGGGCUGACACACGGCUGUUCUAUAGCGAUUGUUUCACCCUCCUCCUUCUCCUUUCAUGCCAGAAGCUGUCUUGAGUAACAAAAUUGUAACAGAACAGUGAUACAGAAGUACAUCUUUGCUCUAGGAAGAAAUAAACAUUUAAACUUUGCCAUUAUAACUGAAAAAAUAAUAAAACCUGAGUUUUAAUAUC